AUGGCCAAGUUUGACCUUACUAGCAAGAACUGCCAGUAUUUGGAUCGUCAUUUAACGUUUCCUUUGCUGGAAUUUCUGCUGCAGAAAAAUGUCUUCGACCAGACAUCACUGUUGAAGUUCAUCCUGAAGACGUUAAGCAAAACGAAUAUGAUCGACUACACGAACGACAUCUGUGAGCGCUUGGAGAAAAGUUUGCCGGAAGAAAUGAACCAACGCCGUGAAAAUGUGCUGGUAACACUGAAAGAACUUCAAGAAGAAGUUGCUCCACUGAUGAAAUGUAUGGAGGAGCUGAAAAAUCCGGAUUCAUCUAAGGAUCACAAAUCGGUUAUACUUGCGCUGCAGCAGACACUGGAUUACGAUAUUAUCCUAAGUGCGCAAAAGCUAGCCAAAUAUCUGUACGAGUGUGGCACGUAUAAUGGUUCUUUGUCGUACCUGUACGUCUGUAUGCUGGUAAUGGAGCCGAACGACAAAAACUAUCUCGGCGUAUUGUGGGGCAAGCUGGCAGUCGAAAUACUGUUGCUCAACUGGCCCACGGCUCUGGAAGAUUUAACGCGGCUGCGUGACUAUAUCGAUAACUACAACUUCACCCCGAUUCAAGUGCUCCAGCAGCGUGCCUGGCUCAUUCACUGGAGUGUGCUGGUAUUUUUCAACCAUGCCAAGGGUCGCGAUUUAAUCAUCGAUAUGUUUUUGUACAAGCCGCAAUAUCUGAACGCGAUUCAGACGAUGUGUCCACACAUUCUGCGCUACUUAGCGACGGCGGUCAUUAUCAACCGUGGUCGCCGGAAUGCGCUGAAGGAUCUGAUCAAGGUGAUCCAGCAGGAAUCGUACACGUACCGUGACCCCAUCACCGAGUUUCUAGAACAUCUGUACGUGAACUUCGACUUUGAGGCUGCCCGUAAGAAGCUGAACGAAUGUCAAACGGUCAUUUCGAACGAUUUCUUCAUUAUUGGGUGUCUGAACGAGUUUAUCGAAAAUGCGCGACUCAUGAUCUUCGAGACGUUCUGUCGCAUUCAUCAGUGUAUUACGAUUGGCAUGUUGGCGGAUAAGCUGAACAUGAAGCCGGACGAGGCUGAGUGCUGGAUUGUGAAUUUGAUCCGUAAUGCGCGUCUGGACGCAAAAAUUGAUUCGAAACUGGGACAUGUGGUAAUGGGCACGCAGCCACUAUCGCCGUACCAGCAAUUGGUGGAAAAAAUUGACUCCCUCUCUGUACGCUCCGAAGCGUUGACCCUGUUGGUCGAGCGAAAGCACAAAGCUAAAACUCAAGAAGCUGGCGAAGGCCACUGGAAGUAUUACUAACAACGUGGAAAACGCUAACA